UGCUGGAUAAAUCGACAACGUAAUAAAAGCUAACGAAAUUUGCAAGUUUAGUUUUGAAAUCAACAAAUGACUUCAGAGGCACGACAGAUUGCACCCUUGUGAAUUGUAUUUGAUUAGUGUACAAAUAUAUUUGGUUUAUAAAAGACCAACUGUGGACCCAACCCGAACAAUUCCAGAGCGUAGUGCACGAAGUGAAAAUUAUCCGAGCAUCUAGUAAAAGAAAAAAACAGAGAGAAGAAAGUAACCAAGCAAAGAGCUGUGAAAGUGAGUUUUAUGAAUGAGAACCGUGAGUAAAUACUAGUUUUUAUCCAGAAAAAAAAACAAAUCGUGGCAACCGUCGUUACCUUUCAUUACUUUUAAAUAGAAGAAGUACAUUUUUGUGCACGUUAUUUUGUGUUGACUGUUUACCUACUUGUGGAUAACGAAAAAAUAGUGAACGCCUUUUAAAAACUACGUUUAUCUAUUAAGCGCAAAGGCUGUAAGUGAUUCGAAAUAAGUGUAACGACAAAAGAAAAUCAAACAAAAUGGUAGACCAGCAUAAAAUUUUCUUCGCAAAAACAAGCUUCGUUAUAUGCAUUAUUUCUUCAGUUUUCACCUACGCACAACAAAUUCGAGUGGACACGGACCCACCGGAAGUUAUCGUCACAGAAAACCAGAGGAAUGUUAGCCUAAUGUGUCGAGUCGGCCGACCUAUCGGGUUUUGCACAAUUACCUUGCCGAACCGAGAUCAACAGGUAGCACUAGAUCCAAAUACUCCUCCCCGAGACGGACUACAAUAUUUUGGACCAGGUUUGCAGGCUGGCGUAUGCGGUGUAACGGUUGAUCGAAUAACUACGGCACACAACGGGCAACUAAAGUGUUCGCUGUUUGUAGAUGGCGUCAGUGCGGAAGGGUUCAUCAAUAUGGUGGUGGCAGUGGCCCCCACAAGCCCCAAAAUUGAGACAGUUCCAGAGGCACAAUCGUUCGAGGUUGAUACAAAACUAGUUGCGCAUUGUACAACAAAAAAUGGUAACCCAGGAGCAGUUUUGACCUGGUAUAUGGAGGAUGAACCAAUAUUUCAGGGUGUUUUAGCACCACAGGAAUUUCAAGAAGAAGACCAGCCUGGUGUAACUAGUGUUCUUACUCUGCAUCGGUCCAUUCAAGCUAGCGACAGCGGCAAACGAUUAUUCUGUGAAGCCAAACACAUUGCAUAUCCGGAAAAAGUUUCAAAGACGUCUCGGCAAAUAAUUGUCAACUUUGCACCACAAGCCCUUCCAGAAACUACGGUUCACGGGUUGACCUUAGGUCGUACUGUAGAUGUUACUAUCACUAUUCGUUCAAAUCCACUACCUCAUGCCUAUUGGACGGUGGAUGGUGUAGAAAUCGAGCAAGGUCUGGAAAGUGGCAGAUACUCAGCACGCAUUCCAGAAUCUUUGGGCAACGAUAUGUACAAUGUGACCCUUACAAUUGCGGGGCUCACUUUGGAGGACUUAUCAAAAACAUACUUUCUGCGAGCAGUUAACCGAGUAGGAAUGCAGGAUUAUACAGUUAUGUUGAGUUCGAUGCAGGCUGAAGUAGACGAAUCGAGCGGUGUCGGAAUCGGAGGAAUCAUAGGUAUUGUACUGGCAGCACUAAUUGUUUUAACGGCAGUGGCUCUGAUAAUUGUAGCCCGAGCCACCGGUAGAUGGUGCUUCCGAGGCGCUUCACUGAACACCGAUAUCAGUCCGGACUCUGAAGUUCAGAUAACGCACCACUCCCAUGAAGAGGAUCUACACGAGGAGAAACUGCAACAGCAGAAUCCAGCCGUGAACUACGAGUCGGAUACAAAGGCAGCGGGUAGCGAACACGACACAGACUGUGCUUUACCGCGAAAAAACGGAAAGUAUGAAAAAUCGAUACAGGCAAAUAUCGACAAGAAGCAAGAAAACGGAAAAACUGAUAACAAAACUAACACUUCAGUAUAAGCUAUAAGAGCAAUUAUGGAAAAAUGGUACAAGAUUAGGAAUAUUGUGAUUUUUUUGAAUCGACUUUGUUUUUUGUUACUUAAGUUUUACUUUUUACGUGAAAAUGACAUCUGAUUGAUACAUAUUUCAGCCUAAAAAUAAAAAAUAAGAAAACUUAUCCAAUUUAAUUCUACUAUGUGUAUUUUAUUCACGACAGAUACGUAUUUCGCCUACGACUUGCAGGCUUCCUCAGUGUCUGUUUCUGUCGUGAAUAAAAUACGCAUAGUAGAAUUAAAUUGGAUAAGUUUUCUAAUUUUUUAUUUUUAGGUUUCGUAUUCUACUAAGACGCUCCAAAAACUUCAGUCAGACAUAUUUCAGUACAAAAAGAGAAAAAAUGUUUGAGCAUGCUAUACAAUGCAUCUAAUAUUUAUGAUAUACUACUGGAACAUAAUUUCUGCACCUGCAACUGUUACUCUAUUUGAAUCUGUUGAAAUAUCAUGUUUUCUAGAAGACUAUUUAUUUUUGUCUGUGUGUUUUUCUGUUCCAAAAGGUUUGACUGUAUGUCUAAUUUUGACAGUUACAACUAGUCAGAACUUGUAUAGAUUCAAAUUUAAGAUAUCAUGCAGUAUUUUCACUUUCCUAUGAACCAAGACAAACAAGUAACAAUUUUCUAUUGACAGAGAAUUAAGAUAUUUCUAUGUACUGAUUCUUCCAAGAUCAUAAAAGGAAUAUUACUCAACUGUCCUUUAGAUUUCAGGUCGAUUCAAGCCAGAUAUCAUUAAUAGUCUGUUUUGCAAAAUCUCAUACUGUUUCUCUCCCGUCAUUUUUGUGAUAUUCAACUAUCUUACGAAAGUGAUUUGACAGCUUCACGAAGUAUAUACAUAGCCUCCUUUUUCCUUAGCAUAAUUUCAUGACGCUUGACAUCGUUUGUUUUUUGUAGUUGCUUCAUUUAGUCUCAACCUGCAAUAACCUCCCCUAACAAUUUCAAGGGAAUGCAGCGUUCCCUUUACUGCCGCUACUCGCAUAACAGUCCCAUUUAUAUAGGAAACUCCAUAGAAAAUGGGACUGUUAUGCGAAUAGAGGCAGUUUACGUCAGUGAAAAACUUUGUUUUUACACCACAUUGGUAAUUGUAUUGAUAUCAAGUCCAACAAUCUGUUUGAGACUUACCAAAACUGGCAACGGCCAAAUUUUCAAGCAAAACUUAUUAAUUCUAAAACCAAGAUUUAUUUUGCGAAAUUUCAGUAUCAGAUGGUUUGUUUUAUAGACACGCAAGAUAGUAACCAAUAUUAACUAAUUCUGUCAACUUAGCAUCAGUUUGUUAACUUGACCAUUACCAAUUUUCUAGACGUUAAAUUUCACACAGAAAAUAAUCAACUGCUUCUGUCAGCAUGAUGAAAAUCCUAUAGAAACGAUUCUAAUUAUUCAGCAGACUAACAGCUAAAAACCAUUUUAUAUAUUAUUAUAAUGGCUAUAGACGUCGAAAAAACAAAAACAUAAAUGAGUUCCGUGUUGAUUUUUUAAUUGACAAAAGCAAAGCCUAGGUGCUACGAGCCGGUUGAGGAAACUCAUUCUUCUGUUUUUCUGCGGCAGGCUUCACAGUCACCUGUAAGAGUGCAGGACAAUUGCGGGUCUAGUUGACUCUAUCAGCCACUCUCUGUCGAGAUUUGAACAUGCCACUGGGAGAGGCUGUAAGAGUCAAUAAGAUUAUAGUUGUAUCUUGUUCAAUUUGACAAUUCUAACAUUAUUCAUUAUCUUAUAAGAAACAAUACUAAUAUCAAAAUUACUAUACAUUGAAAAAGAAACGAAGAAAUUCAACCUCGUUGAAGAUGAUACUAAUUUGGAGAGAAAAUUACUGAAGAAAUAUCUUUUGAAUAUCUUUGGUUAGAUAGAAUAGAGGGGUAGAAAGAUAAACUGCCAUUAUUUAUAUCAAUUGCAAGUACGCCCUACGAAAAAUUUCGCAACAUUCUCUUUAUGUGUAUUAUAAGAUAAACCAACAACUACAAAACGGUCUGUCCGAUAAAAUUAACUAAGUGUCUAAGAGAAUCAGGCAAGAUAAAAUUAUCUAGUAUAUAAUAAAAACAAUGUAAUGAUUUAUGCGAAUCAGCAUAAAACAAACGAUAAAUACCGGUGUGUAAAUUUUUAUUGUGAUUGUUAUCAAAUGACAAUCGAUUAGAGUUGUCCGUGAGAUCAACAACCUAUUUACUGAAAGUAAGAUAAGCAAUUGAUCUGCCUCAUUCCUAAGGGAAAUAACUCCCUUAUUUUAUUAUCAAAAUUAAGCUUGAGUUUGAACACAAUUAGUUGUAGUAACGCAGGAACUAAAUAAUCAUCUGCACAAAGUGUCCAUAUUCAGUAGAGUAUAUAUGAUGAAAACAAAUUUCAAUUUCUCAAAUAACUAUAAGACAUUUAAACUAUUUGAAAGUUAUAUUAUACAUGCUAAUUCUUUUAUGUUUUCAUUUAGACUGAUUUUGAAACCAUAUGACAAGUAAAAAGUUUAACUAAAAACUCUAUUAAUUCAAAUGCGCGAGAUGCAAAUAGUAAACUAAACCCAUCUGUUUUUCGAAAAAAAUCUUAGUUAGCUUUUUAUAUUAUCAACUUUCAAAUGAUAAAUUAACUACCUUUGUGUGAUCUGAGCACUGCGAAUAAAAUUGUCACUCGAAAAUUAUUUCAUCGCACUCGAAAUACUUAUACUUAAGCAUAUUCCGUCCAGAUAAAAAUAAAAAAAAAACUAUGUAUAAAUAAUCGAGAGAAGAUUUUAAAUUCAUGAUAAGCAUGUUUUAUUUUGCGCCAGAGUAGGUAACUAUAAAUGCAAACGAAGUG